AUGGCGGAAGUGGAGCAGAAGAAGAAGUGGACUUUCCUCAAGUUCACCUACCACGGCGUGGACCUCAACCAGCUGCUGGACAUGUCCCGUGAGCAGCUGAUGCAGUCGUACAGUGUGAGGCAGUGGCUGAACCGCGGCCUCCAGAGGAAGCAGCACUUGCUGCUGAAGCGGCUGCACAAGGCCAGGAAGGAGGUGCCGCCCAUGGAGAAGCCUGAGUUGGUGAAGACGCACCUGCGCGACAUGAUCAUCCUGACCGAGAUGGUGGGCAGCAUGGUGGGCGGCUACCAUGGCAAGACCUUCAACCAGGUGGAAAUCAAGCCUGAGAUGAUCGGCCACUACCUAGGUGAGUUCUCCAUCACUUACAAGCCCAUGAAGCACAGCUGGCCUGGCACUGGGGCCACCCUCUCCUCCUGCUCAUCCCCCUCAAGUAGCCUGCUGGCCAAUAAAGAUCAGCCUCUGUACAUUUUACUAAAGAAUAACAAGCCUGACCCACAGUAUCGGAAGAGCCAGAUGACAUAA